AUGGGUGCCGCAUGCUGUGCCGGCUCGGCGCUGGCGGGCGGUGGCGCAGCAGGCUCGGCCGGGGGGUUGACGUCGCCCGACAACAUCCUCGUCCUCCCCCUCGCCAUGUACGAGCUGGCUCCGCGCGCCACCGUCUUCCUCUUCACUGCGCUCCUCCUCUCUGGGAGCCUGGGGUAUAUCCUCCUCGUCGCACUCACCCCCGAGUCGGUACCACCCACCAAGACCGAGCUGAGCUACCUCUCGACCUCGAGCCCGUCCCGCGCCCAGCCGCUCCCCUCGAUCCGCGACGCAGCCACGGUGCAGCUCAGCGUCGUCGUACCGGCGUACAACGAGCGGGACCGUCUGCCGGGCAUGCUGCGGGACGCCGUCCAGUGGCUCGAACGGGUGCGCCAGCAGCGCAGAUCGCUCGUCCAGGGACCCGAGGAGGCCGCCGCGUCAGAUGACCUCGUCGGAAGCAGCGGUCAGCGCAGCGCGGCGUCGGUUGACGAGGAGGCGGCGCUCACCGAUCCUCUGACCACGUACGAGAUCAUCGUCGUCGAUGAUGGGAGCAAGGACGGCACGCUCGACGUCGCACUCGAGACGGCGGGCCAGCUCGGCCUCGCAGAGGGGGCAGAGGUGCGCGCGGUGCGCUUGGAGAGGAACAGGGGCAAGGGCGGCGCGGUGCGACAUGGAGUUCUGCACGCGCGCGGAUCCCUCAUCCUCUUUGCCGACGCCGACGGCGCGACGAGGUUCGGCGACCUGUCGAACCUGUGCGUCGAGAUGCGCCGCAUCCUCACGCCGGCCCGGCACGGCAUCGUCGUCGGCAGCCGUGCCCAUAUGGUCAAGAGCGAGGCCGUGGUCAAGCGUUCCUUUGUCCGGAACCUGCUCAUGCACCUCUUCCACAUCUUCCUCACGCUUCUCCUCCAUCCACCCUCACCACGCCUGCCCUCGUGGCCCGCGUCCCUUUUCCAACGACGAACCACCACCACCAACCCACGCUGCACCGACGAAGACGACGGCGGCAAGGGGACGACGACGACGACGACGGUGGUCAAGCGGCGACUCGCGCGCCAGCCGCCGAUCCAGGAUACCCAGUGCGGCUUCAAGCUGUUUACGCGCGCCUCGUCGCGCCUCGUCUUCCCACUGUGCCACAUUGACCGGUGGAUCUUUGACGUCGAGAUCCUCGUCCUUGCCGACCUGGCUUGCCGCUCCUCGUCCCGGUCGAUCCGAUCCUGCAGGACGACGUCGACCCCGUCGCAGCCGCCGGCGCAACAACAAGGACGAGGACGACGCCGGAACGGCGACGACGACGACGACGACGACAGUGAGGAUGUUCUCCUCGACCUCGCCCUGCCCGUGGCAGAGGUCGCCGUCGACUGGCGCGAGAUUGGCGGCAGCAAAAUCGACCUCGUCAAGGAUUCGAUCGGCAUGGCACUCGACCUCCUCGUCAUCCGUGCAAACUACGCACUGGGUCGGUGGGAGGCGCCCGUCAUGCCCUAG